CGGCCAAUCGGAGAGAGCACGCGCCGCCCGCCCCGUCAGGAGGGAGGUGGGGCUGGGUCACGUGAGUAGCGCAGUUCCCGGGCGCCGAGGAGUCGAGUACUAUGCAGCUGAAACUGUGGUUGGUGUUGGUGCUGCUGUUUGGCACUGCUGUAGUCCAUGCUGAAGAUGAAGAUGAAGACGAUACUGAUAUUGUUGAAGACGAGGAUGACGAAAGCCCAAUAGAAAGUGAGACAGAACCAAGCUCCCCACCACCACCUAAGGUCACGUACAGAGCCCCUGUUCCAACUGGACAAGUGAAUUUUGCAGAGUCAUUUGAUAAAGGGACACUGGAAGGCUGGAUUGUUUCCAAAGCUAAAAAAGAUGACGCUGAUGAAGACAUUGCAAAGUAUGAUGGAAAGUGGGACGUGGAAGAAAUGAAGAACACGAAACUUCAUGGGGAUAAGGGGCUGGUUCUUAAAACUCGUGCCAAGCAUCACGCCAUCGCAGCUUUGCUUGAUCGACCAUUCAUAUUUGACAACAAGCCACUAAUUAUCCAAUAUGAGGUGAACUUUCAGAAUGGAAUUGAAUGUGGCGGGGCAUAUAUUAAGCUACUUUCGAAAACCAAAGACCUAAUUUUGGAGAAGUUUUACGACAAAACUCCGUACGCCAUCAUGUUUGGCCCUGACAAAUGUGGUGAAGAUUACAAACUCCACUUCAUCUUCAGACACAAGAAUCCCAAAACUGGAGAGUACGAGGAGAAACAUGCAAAGCGUUCCGAUGUGGACCUGAAAAGCUAUUAUACUGACAAGAAGACUCACCUGUACUCACUAGUGCUUAACCCUGACAACACCUUUCAAAUCUUGAUUGACCAGACUGUGGUCAAUAGUGGCAGCCUACUUGAAGACAUGACUCCUCCUAUCAAUCCUCCAAAAGAGAUCGAAGAUCCAGAUGACCAGAAACCAGAAGACUGGGAUGAGAGACCCAAAAUUGCUGACCCUGAUGCAGUCAAACCUGAUGACUGGGAUGAGGAUGCUCCAGCUAAAGUUCCUGAUGAAAAUGCAGUCAAGCCUGAAGGUUGGCUUGAUUCUGAGCCUGAAUAUAUCUCUGACCCUGAUGCAGAAAAGCCAGAUGACUGGGAUGAAGAUAUGGAUGGUGAAUGGGAGGCUCCACAAGUAGCAAAUCCCUUGUGCGAAAGUGCUCCUGGAUGUGGGCCUUGGAAAGUUCCAAUGAUUGAUAACCCAGAUUACAAGGGUAAAUGGAAGGCUCCAAUGAUUGAUAACCCCAACUACCAGGGAGUCUGGAAACCAAGGAAGAUUCCCAACCCGGACUAUUUUGAGGACUUGCACCCAUUCAAGAUGACUGCUAUCAGUGCUAUUGGUCUGGAACUGUGGUCAAUGUCAUCUGAUAUCUUCUUUGACAACUUCAUUGUUUGCUCUGACAAAGCUGUGGUUGACCAGUGGGCAAGUGAUGGCUGGGGUCUGAAGAGAACAGCUGAGGGGAGUGCUGAGUCUGGAGUAGUUGGGCAAUUGAUGUCAGCAGCUGAAGAACGCCCAUGGCUUUGGAUUGUCUACAUCCUCAUCAUUGCCCUACCUGUGUUCCUGGUCAUUGUAUUCUGCUGUACUGGAAAGAAAGAUCCUGCUGCUGAGUACAAGAAGACUGAUGCCCCACAGCCUGAUGUGAAGGAGGAAGAUGGAGAGGAGGAAGAAGAGCAGAAGGAGGAUGAUGAGCUGAAAAAGGAGGAAGGGGAAGAAAAGACAAAUGAAGAGAAACAGAAGAGUGAUACUGAUGAUGCUGCAGAAAAUGCAAACCAGGAGGAGGAGGUGGAAGAGGAUGAUGAGGUGGAGCAGAGAAUGGAGAAAGGCGCACCAGAGAAACCAAGUGCUGAGCAGGUUGAAAAGAAAGAAGACUCAAGUACAAAUUGAAAACAAAGGGAAGAUUGAGCUGUUUCCUGUCAUAAUUUUGUUUGGGCAACACUUGCGAUUUCUAAAGAGAGACCAUCGUCACUGGAAUUACAGAGAGUUGAACUUUUAGAGGAUUUCGUGAGACAACUGUUGUGUGCAAAAGAGAACCCUACACAUCACACUGACCAAACACUAAAUAGACCAGGUUAUUGUACUUUUUCAGCAAGGACUGUAAUCUAAAUUGAAAUGUACUUUAUAAAAAUAUAUAUUAUUUAGCAAAACAAAUUCCUGUUCAUUGAUACAAGUCCUCUAAACUCUUAAAAUAUUAAAUUAUACCUGGUAAUCUUCAAUUGGAUUUUAGACUUACUAAAUUUUAAAGUCAAAAUGCUCAAUUAAUGUAAGCAUACCCAACAUGGAAGCCAAGAGGACUGUAGUAAAUAAGGCAAACUAAAGGGAUGGGACCUAUGCACUGUCAGUGCUUUGGCUUUAAGUAUAAGCUUUCCUGUAUUGUCAGAUUACUUUCCCAAACAUUCAUUGAACAAAUUAUUAUAUUCAGCAAAAUGCCAUAAACCUUCCAGUUUCUUUAUCUCAAGGCUGUCUUUACUUGAGAUGGAAUGAGUGUGGAAACAAGCAGGAAUUGUUUCUGUUGUACAACAUUUAUCUUGAACUUAUUCCUGCUGUGUGUUAUUGGGAGCAACAUGAAGAAUUUCAGCUUUUUAGUGAUAGUGACCCACAUUAACUCUACAGUUUUCAUGUUGCUAUCCCCCUUCCCACUGACUCAAAGAAAAUAAUAUUUUUUAAACUGUUUCUUUCCAACAAGAUAGUUGAGCAAAUGAACAGUGAGGCAAAUGAGGGGGAAGCUCUGGCACAAUUCAGGUUUUUCUAUCAGUUUGAUUUUUCCUGUUUGUUUUCCACUCUUUAUUCCUAUCCAUGCCCCAGUUGGCCCACUACUGAAAUUUGUCGAAAAGGUUUUCACCACAAAUUGGUAUUUUUGCAGCUUGCUCUUUAUGAAUUUUGUUCUUUCAUCUUCUCCCAAAUACCCAAUUCCUUUAGCUCUGAAAUGAAAAUUUUAUCAUGAGUCGUAAUUGUUAAUGCUACUUUGUCUAGUUUGGCACUGUACCUGCCCAUAAAUCUAAAGAAUUAGAUUGCAGGGGUUUGAGUCCCUAACCAGUCUUCAAGUGUACUUUUGGAACCGAUCUAAUAUCUUAAAACUCUUUGCUUUCUGACCUGCUGAUUUGUAUAUUUUCAGUGAGAUGUGAUAGUUGUAAUGGCCGCAAAUAAAUGCUGUUUUAUAGGAUAAUGUUAAAAUACUGACCUUUUUUUAAGCACGUGGUAGUCAUUAGCCAAUAGUAAUGCUGCACCACAUCUGGACUCCCACAAGCAUUGGAAUCUCACUUAUCCAAGUGGGAGGGUGGAAUGCUUGCAGUUGUGAAUUUUCAGUUUCAUUCCAAGCAUGUCCAGGAUGAUUUCAGUUCAUUUGACUAACUGUACAGCUAAGCUGGUUAGUUAAGGUGAAGGCGUUUCUGCUAAUUCUCCUCACUGUCCAAAUGCAGCGCCUUUUCUUGGCAGUAACUUGGCAUUACUGAGAGUUGCGUGCCCUUUUUGCUAAGUUGUGUACGUGGACAUUGGUAAAAUAAUUCACAAGUGUGAUUUCUGCUUGAGAGCAGAGUGAUCCUUCCUGUAAUAUUGCCUUUUGAAGUUUGAAUUGAGGUGCAUUUUGGAUAGACAGUGUUAUUGCACAUGGAAUCUAAUAGUGCUAUAAUUGCUCAAGUAAUUUGUGACCAAUUUCAAGUGAAAGUGUUCCAAAUUUCAAUGAGUUUGAACACAAUAUUGCUUUCAUAAUCAUUGAUUCUGCAACACUAAUCUUUAAUCAAGCCAUCGAUUAUUUUUUUUUUUGAAUUAUGUCUGUGUGGGGAUUACCAAAUUAAAAGUUUAGCUCAGUGUUUGGGCCUUUCAUAAUUUCUUAUGCAAACAAAGUAAGUUAAUAGGUAUAGUUUACACAUCUGUUCUUGAGUAGGGAGGGAUCAAAUACAUCUCCAGUGCUCAGUGUAAGGAUGUUAAACUGUUUCCCAAGGAAUUUAUCAUUUUCCAUUAUCCUGAAUAUUUGCUUUUUGUGGAAAUCUUUCAUUUUUGAAGCACUGCACAAGGCAGGAGAGAGUUUAGAGAAGGAGCCAACAAUGAGAAAGCACUGGAAAUAUAUCAAACUUGCAGUAUUAAUCUUGCAGUACUGAGAUAUGAGUAUAUUUACUCCCAUAGCAACAAUGUCAUUUUCAUUGACAUUGUACUUUUACUUUGCUUAAGAUAGAAAUACCUCUUGUCAGAUUCUUGUACAUGUCCAUAUGGUAGACUUGUGCUUCAGUGACAUCUCUCAAAUAACGAAGAGAUGAAUGAUCAGUUGAUGUUUUGUUUACUGCAACAGAGAACCAAGUUCACUGAUACCACAACUGAACAACCAAUUUACUAAGGUAGUUUUCAUGACUGCAUUUCAUGAAAAAAGACAAACAUUCUCCCCUCUGCAUUUUGGGAGACAACCCCAUUUAGAUCUUACGCCCACUUUCUCUCAAACAUGUAAUUUUAAGUUUUCUGGAAAUAGUAACACUGCACUUUCAUGUGAUUUUGUUCUGCCAUACCUUGGAAUUGGAAUCAGUUUUUUUAAUUGAAUGCUCAAAUUUGAUUGGAGAAACUUCUCUUCAUCCACUGUCCUCACACCAUCGCAUCCCAAAGAUGUACUGAAGUAAUCUCUUGAAGGGUGUAGAAAGAAGAUUCUCCAUAAGUGUAAAUCAGUGACCAUCUCAUUCUGAAAGUAGUGCAAAUCCUUGACACUGCUUUGGCCAGUUUGGAUGCUGUUGGAUUUUUUGAUGUAAUCUUUUGGAUAAAAAUAGAUUUGCUAUACGUUAUUUUUGGAUAAUCCCUAAUUAGCACAGCAAUCUGUAAGGCCAUUGUACUGAAUAUAAUAAAUUUAGUGGCAGGUUUCUGAGAGUUGCAGUACCUGUAAAUGGAUGUGCAUACAUAAAUCCAUAAAGUACACACAUUGCUCUGCCAAAAUGAGGUGUGUGGUCUUUGAGCUCCUGAACUUUUUUUUUUGCUAGACAUGUUCUUGCACUGAAUUAUCUAAUAUUUUGUUGCUGCUAUUGCCAUUGAACCCAUUAAUUUGAAGAAGUCACAGUUAUCUUGACCAGAUAAGUGUAGUGACCAUCUGACCCAUCUCCCCCUACUCAUGGCUGGGCUUCCUAAAUAUUCUAACUUUCUAAUUUGAUUCAAUUUUGUUUGCUUUAUUGAACUGUAAUGAUUUUGUGGGUGAAGCUUAUUAAAUGGCAUACUGAAUGUGAGCUCACUUUUAAUGGGGCAGUUCGGUUGCAAUGGGAACACUGCACUGCCAAAAUUUAUUGGAGUACUGUUUUGUUUUGAGUUGAGAAAAUAUGACAAAUGUGACCUUUUCUAUUUGCAGUAUGCUUGCAGUGAGAGGCCUCUGGAGCCUACUCAAGAUUUCUUGUAGAAUAACAAAAUAAAAUCCAUGGCUGACCCAGGACACCACAGAGAACCUUGCUGGCUUUUCCAGAAUGUGAUGAGCAAUGUAACCACUUACAUUUCCUUUCCUCUCUCUGAUAUAAAACUUUUGUAAGCAGCUUGUUUCCCAAGUGAGGGUGGUGUACUAAUCACCUUGACAGUAGCUAAGUGGUAAGAAUGAAAGUCUGUACUGUUGCCAGAGCAUCUUUCUGCCUAUGCCUCCCAGAGAAUCUAAGUAUCAACAAGCAUUGGUGUUUUCCAAUUAAAGCAUGUCUAAGUCAUUUACAAAAGGGAAUUGUUGACACCAAAUCGGUACAGUAAUAAGAUACAUUUCAUUACAUUUUAGCAAUGAUUAUACUUUUUGCAUAGUAUGUUGUAAGAGAAGUGGUUUUGAUUCUGUGCUGGUAAAUCUAUCAGUAAGUUUCAAGUGACAGAUUGUACAAUUCUGGUCAAUGCUUCCCCAAUCCAUUGCUAUUCAAAACCACAUCUGAACAUUCGAAUACAGAAAAUUCACUCAAGCAAAUUUAAAUUGUUAUUAAAAUAUGCUCACUGAUUUUUAACUCAUCCUGUUAUUAAAUGUUUAAUUAAUCUUAUGUUGUGCUCUGAUCUUUAAUCUUUUUUUUAAAGAAAAAGCUUGCUUUGUCAUCUUUUAAACGGGCUUCAUCCUGAUCAGUGAAUGACCUUAGUCUAGACACUCUUAACCAAUCGAUGAUUCAUAGGUAGCGCAUACUGGGCCCCUCUUUCAAAAGAGAUACUUUAAGCUUUAAAGAGCUGAUUGUAGAGAAUUUAGUGUCAUUGACUUGACUCUACCUGGGAUAAAAGUUAUGUUUGAGUACUUCUCUUCCAGGAAUGUAAAUGCAAAAUCAUGUGAAAUUUGUUUCCUGUAACUAAAAAAUUAAAACAGACGUCCAGCCUCUUUA